ACCGCGACGGAGCGAACCCAUUCCUGUGUGCGGAUGUUUUCCACUCUGUGCACUUCCGGGAUAGCUCCUCUGCUAGCCCUACAGUCCAAGCAGGGCCAUUUUUUGACCUAUAAAUGUGACAAAAGCGCUUAAAUAUGGCGAAAAUAUUGUUGAUUGCACUUUUUGCUUCUUUUUGGGCGACCGAUGUAAGAACGUCGAGGAUUGUCUUGGAGGAUAAUCACGAAAACGACCCGGAAUUGGAAGGUCUGGACUCCAUCCUGUCAGACUAUGAGGUGCUGCCUGUGUCAGGCUUUCAGCUGCACUCCGUGAGAAAGAGGGACGUCCACGCCGAGUCCCACCUGGAGCGCCUGGUGAGCUUCAGAGCCCUGCAGAGGAACUUCAAGCUUUACUUGACCACAAACACAGACCUCUUUACAGACAACUUCAAAGCUGUGUUUGUUGAUGAAAACGGGAAUGAGCAGAAAUAUGACGUGUCCCUUCAGAACUAUUUCACCGGACAUGUAGUCGGGGAGUCAAAUUCACGCGUGCAGGCCCACAUCGACGGGGAUGAGUUUUCUGCUCAUAUCCUGACAGAUGAAGCAGAAUACAAUGUAGAGCCCCUGUGGAGGUUUACAGAUUCCCCGAUUGAUGGCAGGUUGCUGGUCUACCGAUCCCAGGACAUCAGGAACCUGAGCCGGAUCGCUUCUCCUCAGGUCUGCGGCUACGUUAAUGUCGACGCAGCGGACCUUUUGCCUCAGGCUGCCAGGAGCGACCAUGGAGAGCAGAAGCAGGCGGUUCUUGAAAACGAGCACCAGCACAGAGUGAAGAGACAAGCUCACGACCACAAGAAGAACACCUGCCCCCUGCUGCUGGUCGCGGACUACCGCUUCUACGAGCACAUGGGCCGCAGCCAAGAAAGCAUCACCCUCAACUACCUGAUUGAGCUGAUCGAUAGAGUCGACGACAUUUACAGAAACACCACCUGGGACGAUGAAUUUAAAGACUACGGGGUCCAGAUCCAGCAGAUCAUUAUUAACAAAAAGCCAACGGAGCCGCCCCCCGGCCACUCCGGCGUCGGCUGGGCCCACUACAACAUGAAGAACAGCCCCGUGGCGGACCAGGAGGUCUGGGAGGUGAAGAAGCUUCUGGAGCAAUUCAGUUCAGAUAUUGCCGAAAACGCCUCCGCCGUGUGUUUGGCGCACCUGUUCACCUACCAGGAUUUUGACAAGGGGACGCUGGGCCUGGCCUACGUGGCGCCGUCCAGACCGUACCCCCACGGUGGCAUCUGCUCUAAAGCUUACUACCCGUCUCAUUCCUCCAAGAAGCCCAGCUACCUCAACACUGGGCUGACCAGCACCAAGAACUACGGCAAAACCAUUCUCACAAAGGAAGCGGACCUGGUCACCACUCACGAGCUGGGCCAUAACUUCGGAGCGGAACACGACCCCGAUAGCAUCGCCUACUGCGCUCCCAGAGACGACGAAGGCGGCAAGUUUGUCAUGUACCCCAUAGCUGUGAGCGGCGACCACGUUAACAACAAGCGUUUCUCCAACUGCAGCAAGAUCUCUGUUGGAAAGACGCUGCGUCACAAGGCUCCGCUGUGCUUCAAGGAGAGAAACAGCAAAGUGUGCGGGAACUCCAGAGUGGAGGAGGGCGAGGAGUGCGAUCCCGGGCUCCUGCAUCUCAACGACGACAGCUGCUGCUCUGCAGACUGCCAGUUCAAAUCCACCGCUAAGUGCAGUGACAGAAACAGCCCCUGCUGCAAGAACUGCCAGUUUCAGCGUGCAGGAACCAGGUGCCAGGAACCCAUCAGUGCCACCUGUAAAGGCAUGUCCUUCUGCACAGGCAACAGCAGCCAGUGUCCUCCGCCCGAAAACGCGCCGAACAACACGGUGUGUGUCGACAACGGCCGCUGUCUCAAAGGGGAGUGUAAGCCGUUCUGCGAGGCGCUUCACGACCUGCAGUCGUGCGCCUGCAACGAGACGAGCGAUUCCUGCAAGGUGUGCUGCAGGAAAGGUGACGUCUGCUCGCCCUUCACGAACACCAGCGGCGCUUUCCUUUUCCUUCGCAAAGGCAAACCCUGCACUGUGGGCUUCUGCGACGGAAACGGAAAAUGCAUGAAGCAGGUGCAGGACGUAAUCGAGAGACUGUGGGAGUUCAUUGACAAACUGGACAUCAACACGUUUGGGAAGUUCUUGGCUGAUAACAUCGUGGGCUCUGUUGUGGUGUUUUCCCUCGUUUUCUGGAUUCCUCUCAGCAUCCUGGUUCACUGCGUGGACAAACGACUUGACCAGCAGUACGCAGAGAACGCAAAUCCAUUCCUCGGUCCCAGCCAGACGGUGGAGGUUUGUAGUAGAGCUCCUGCUGCAGAGUCAAGACGUGCUGGGCAACCCCGAGUCAGCGUCCAUUCACAUCGUCAAGCAUCCUCCACCUCUCUCCUCCUACGCCGCCCGGACCGCGCCCUCCUCCCUGCAUCCUCAUCAGCAGAGCCCGGUGCGGGCGGCGGUGCCGGCCGCGGCCAGCAGCAGUACCCAGGUCCCCGGCCCGAGCUGCGACGCCAUCCUGGACAGCGCAGGGGAGCAGCGGAUGGCCACCAUCCAGGAGGACCCCAGCAGCGACUCUCACCUGGCAGAGGAGGGGGCGCUGGGCGAUUUCACAACCGCAGGAGCCUCCUCGUCGGCUACGAAAUCCUCCUACGAGGAUCUGACAGAACAGAACCGGUCCGGCAGGGAGCGACGGCGCCUCCUCCAGAGGCAGGACCGCCUCGACACUAAAGAGACCGAGUGCUGAGAAAGCAAAGGUGCCACCGUCGCUCUUAGAAAAGCUCCAUGUUGAUUUAGAGAAGAUCGACAAUCAGCAGCCGUGGAGCCGAAUCGUGUAGCUUAGAUUUGUUAAACUGGACCACUUCUUUACACCGCUGGGUUCUUAUUUUGUGCCGUUUUUUUUUUUUUUUUUUUUAAAGAUGUGCUGUCGGUUGCGGGACUGAGAAAUUAAUGUUGACAUAAGCUCCCA